AUGCCUGGACGGGGCUCCGAUCCAGUCUCUACCAACGGCAGUAAGAAGAGAGCUGCAGCUGAUGAAACUCUAGAAGGCAACAGCUCUUCCCCAAGGAGAUCGAAACGAACACGACAAAGCGCGAAUACUGCGAGCCUUGCAGAUGCGGACGCCCUCGAAAACGACGAACCUAAGAAACGUACAAAACGAGUUGCUGCCAAAGGCACCGCCGUUGGCAGCAACACAUCGACGGAUGUCAAGGUUGAACAGGAGGGAUCUUCUCUGGUCAAGGCGCAAACAACUCGUGUGACGGAAGAUACAGGAGACGCAGUGAAGAUCUCAGUGAAAAAGGAAAUCGAAAUCGAAGAAGAAGAAAUACAACCCAAGAAGGCCACUAAGAAGCGGGCAUCGAAAGAGGAGAAGGCGGCAGAAAUGGAACCACUGGCUGCCAGAACGAAAGGACUGCAAAUGUUCAUUGGUGCACAUGUCAGCGCUGCCAAAGGAGUACAAAAUUCUGUAAUCAACAGUGUUCAUAUAGGGGGAAACGCCUUUGCUCUUUUCCUGAAAUCUCAAAGAAAAUGGGAUAACCCGCCAUUGCAAGACGAACAUAGAGAGCAAUUUCAAAAGUUCUGCCUGGAGCAGCAAUAUGACGCUGCAAAAUACAUUCUGCCGCAUGGAUCUUACCUAGUGAACCUAGCCCAGGGGGACAAAGCCAAAGCUAAACAGGCAUAUGAUUCCUUUGUCGACGAUCUUAAACGAUGCGAGCAACUCGGUAUCAGGUUGUACAAUUUUCAUCCUGGAGCAGUGAUUCAGAGCACACUCGAAUCAGCUACGUCUCGGCUGGCACAGGCUUUGACGAAGGCGCUUUCUGUAACUUCGACGGUGACACCUGUGCUCGAAACAAUGUGCGGCCAUGGCACAACCAUUGGUGGCCCGCUCUCUGAAAUCGGGGCUGUGAUUUCUCAAAUUCCCAAGGAGUACCAUUCACGCAUUGGAGUAUGCGUUGAUACCUGCCAUAGCUUUGCGUAUGGCUACGAUUUAAUCUCUACAGAAGGGUUCAAGGCUUUUAUGCAAGAGUUUGACGACAAAAUCGGACUACAGUUCUUAAGAGCAUUGCAUCUAAACGACUCAAAGGCACCGAGAGGCAGCAAGCGCGAUUUACACGCCAACAUCGGGACGGGGUUUCUGGGACUUCGGGCAUUCCACAAUGUCAUGAACGAAGAACGUUUCCAGGGACUGCCGAUGAUUCUCGAAACUCCAAUUGACCGACCAAAUCCAGUACUUGCAAACAUGUCUCAAGUAAAAGAAACCCCGGAAGAAGAAGACCAAGACAGUGAGCAGGAGUCGGAUUCUAUUAAGAAGAAGCAGAAAAAGACCCCAAAGAAAAAGCCGUCCUCCAGCAGUAAAGCUCCCCCUACCGUUGAAGACAAAACCGUAUGGGCUCGUGAGAUUAAGCUUCUCGAAUCUUUGAUUGGUAUGGAUUUGGAAAGUCCAGAGUUUCGGUCUCUAGAGGCCCAGCUAUCGGAAGUUGGACGGGCAGAGCGAGAGAAGCACCAGGGGUUUUACGAAAAGAGACUGGAGACAGAGGCUAAGAAAAAGAAAAAGGAGCUUGAAAAGGGUCAAAAGAGCCUAGCUGAUAUGUUCCAGGCCAAAAAAGGGACCAAGUAG